AUGGCCGGUUCUUCUGAAACUCCAUCUGUGGAAGACCAAACCACUUUAUCGGGGCUACUGAACAUUAACGCCAACCAAAAUCUCAUCUUGGACCUCGAUUCAGCCAAAUACGUUGUCUCUCUCCAGCCGAUGGUUAAGUACCUUCGCCACUCUCCUUUGGCUCCGACCCUUACCAUAGCAGAGAAAUUCCCCUUGGUUCAUUUAUCCAAGAUGUUUUACCAGAUGGGUAAUGUGGGCAUCUCCAAAGUCAAAAGAUUUAAGAAGCCCUCUGAUGAUCAACCCAAGCAAACAACUGGUGAAACUGGUGAAUUCGAACAUAAAAGCCUCCGAAGUCAAAAGAUCUGA